AUGCCUACUACUUUUUCCAGCCACAGUGUGUCCUUUCCUGGAAGCAUCCAGGGACCCAGGGGAAGAAGCCUGCUUGCCUUAGGCAGGUCUCAGGCAGUGCCAAGUAUCCAUAGGGCUACUGGGAACAUGGCUAAGGAUGGGCUGUCACGUGGCUAUGGGCAGGCAUUUAUGGACACAAAUACUCUGGACAUGAAUGAAAAGGGCACCAUGAAAAAUCUGAAUGACCGCCUGGCUGCCUACCUAGACAAAGUGCUCUCCCUUGAGAAAUCUAACAUGCAACUGGAGCAGAAUAUCCAAGAGUUCUAUAUGAAACGAGCAUCAGCUGGUACCCACGGUCUGAGUGACUAUUUUAAUGCCAUGACCCAGCUGAAGUCCGAGAUUCAGAAGGAGACCUUGAAAAAUGCUGGACUGCUCUUACAGAUUGAUAAUGCUAGACUUGCUGCUGCUGAUUUCAGGGUGAAGCUGGAAUCUGAGGUAGCUCUGCGCCUGUCUAUGGAGGGAGACCUUGGGGGACUACGCAAGGCCCUUGAAGAACUGAAUGCAAGUCGAGCUAGCUUGCAUGUGCAAGCUGACAAUCUCCAAGAGGAGUUGGCCUGCCUCAAAAGAAACCACAAGGAGGAUGUGGCUUCUCUCCAGGGGCGUCUGGGGGGCACUAUCAAUGUGGAGGUUGACUCCAUGCCUGGCACUGAUUUACAAAAAAUCCUGGGUGAGAUCCGUGACCAGUAUGAGGGUGUCAUGGAGAAGAACCACCAGGAAGCUGAAGCUUUGCACCAAUCCCAGUGUGAUGCGCUCAAUCAGGAGGUUUCUGUCAGCACUGAAGCCCUACAGAGUGCUCAGAUGAAGAUCACGGAGCUGAAACGGCUGGCCCAGGCUUUGGAGAUUGAACUGCAGUCCCUUUGGAGCAUGAAAGGAGCCCUUGAGGGGACCCUGGCUGAGGUGGAAUCCCGUUAUGGGAUGCAGUUGUCACAGCUACGUGAUCUUGUGGCUGCCCGGGAGGCGGAGCUGCUGCAACUGAGGUCUGGGGCCCAGCACCAAGCUGAGGAUUAUAAGCGGCUGAUGGAUAUCAAGAACAGACUGGAGCAGGAGAUAGCAACCUACCGGUGCCUUCUUGAAGGGUCUGAAUCUGAGCCACUGACUACUCCAGAGCCUUCUGUAAGCCGUCGGGUGAAGACUGUCAUUGAAGAACUGGUAGAUGGUAAGGUGGUGUCAUCCUGUGUGGAGGAGGUGGAGCACCAGCUUUGA